UGUUGGCCCCGCGCGCGCGCUCCCGUGCCGGAAUAUGCGCGUCAUGCUGAGUGACUGCUGACUGGCGAGGCAACAUGUCCACCACAGCCGCUGCUCAGCAAAACAACAACGAGGAACCAGGACUUAACGGCUCCUGGGUGGAACUAGAGAUGAAUGGGAACCCGGCUCCCUCUCUGCAGCUCCUGCAGCAGGCGGCCCACACCGCUGCUCUGGCAGCCCACGGCAACGACAACGCCAACGCCAACGGCAACGAGGGGGAGACGGCGCCCCCCGCAGGCCUGGAGGAGGUGCAGGAGGAGGAGGUGGAGGAGGUGCUGACGGGGGGGCUGGAGCACGUGCCCUCCUCCUCCUCAAUCCACAACGGAGACAUGGAGAAGAUCCUGCUGGACGCACAGCACGAGUCCAGCCCCAGCAGCUCCUCCUGCAACAGCCCCCCCAGACCUCACAGUCCAGACCAGGACCAGGACGACGAACUGAUCACCUUUGAUGUGGACAUGCCCAGUGGCAGAGAGAGCCAGUCUGACGACGACUCUACAGAGAAGGACAGAGAGGAGGACAUCCUCAUGAACAAGGGAGCCGACUGGGUAGCAGACUGGUCUAGCCGGCCCGAAAACAUCCCUCCAAAGGAGUUCCACUUCCGGCACCCGCGGCGCUCGGUGACUCUGAGCAUGCGUAAGACCGGCGCCAUGAAGAAGGGGGGCAUGUUCUCCGCCGAGUUCCUCAAAGUGUUCAUCCCCUCCCUCCUGCUCUCCCACAUCCUGGCCCUGGGCAUCGGAGUGUACAUCGGGAAGAGGCUGGCCACACCCUCCACCAGUUCCUUUUAAACCCCUAACCAAAACAGUGCCUGGACAUUCUCGUACACACACAUACACACACACACACGUGCACACACACACACAUACAUACACACACGCUAGCGCCUGGACGUUGUCUUGGAAGCAGCUGUGGCAUUGAGUUGUGUUGAAGCAUCUCCACUCAUGUUAGAAACACCCCUCCCUCCUUGUCUCAUGCUCUUCCCUCUCUCUCUCUCCCUCCCUCUCUCUCUCUCCCUCCCUCUCUCUCUCUGUCCCCCUCUCUCUCCCUCCCCCUCCCCAUGCCACGCCUCAAUGGUCCUGUUGGUAUAGCAACAGCACAUCAACAUCAGAUAACGCUGAUUGUUUGUGUGUUUGGUUUUUGUUGUUCUUGGCCCUCUUUUGCUUCAUCUGAUUUGCUCUCUGCUGAUGUCUCUUGUAGGUGUUGUGGGGAAACGUGUGUGUGUGUUCGUGGACGUGCGUGUCUAGCAGGUGUUGUGUGUGAACGUGUGGGUGUGCAUGUCUAGCAGGUGUCGUGUGGGAAAGUGUGUGUGUGUGUGUGUGACUGGAAGGUGUGGGAAAGUGUAUUGGGAGAACGCUGCUCACCUUCCGGCAAUCUCACACUCAUAGACAGGUCAGCAGGCUCUACUCUCUCUUCUCUCACACAGACACACACACACACACACACACACACACACACACACACACACACACACACACACACACACACACACACACACACACACACACAGACACAUAUACUCUCACACACACACACACGCUGUGGGGUUCCUUGUUCUGGCAGAGAAUGUGUGAAUGUGUGUGAGACUUGGCUAGAGUUGUCUCUGCAGCCCUAGACUGAUGUGGAACAAAGAUGUGUGUGUGUGUGUGUGUGUGUGUGAGGACAGAAUUGAGGAAGACACACUGUCCCCAGGAAUGCUUGCAGCACAGACAUGAGAAUACAUUUGUUCAGUAAAAACCUCUUUGUCUGUGUGUGACGGUACUGGCGUCCUCUCGCUCUCUCUCUCUCUCUCAGUGCAGCGGCUUUCUCUGCUGUCAGGCCUCAGCUGGGUGGAGUCACACGCUGUGGAAGAGUAGGCAGAGCAGCAGCAGCAGCCAUCCCACAACAUCAGUACCACAGCAUCAGUACCACAGCAUCAGUACCACAGCAUCAGUGAUCCCUCCGCAUCAGCCCCACAGCAUCAGUCAGAGCAGCAGUGAUCCCACAGCAUCAGUACCACAGCAUCAGUACCACAGCAUCAGCCCCACAGCAUCAGUCCCCUGAUACCAGCUAGAUCCUUUAGGUAUAGGCUGAGACCACAGCAGACCACCACCGUGUGUGUGUGUGUGUGUGUGUGUUUGUGUGUGUGUGUGUGAGCUGGUGCUAUAGCUGCGUGACCAGGCCGUAGCCUGGUGUGAGUUAUAGCGCAGCCCUUCCGUUCUCCCCCGCCCAUGGUUUUACACACACCUGCAUGCACGCGCUUGCUAACGGCGUUUCACGGACAACGUGUGUGUGUGUGUAUUACGUUUGUGCUUUUUUGUAAAAAAAAAAUCAGACAUUCUAUUGCUGACACACUAAACUGCAGCAUCUAGGCAUUCCAUUUGCUACUUAGUUUUACUUGUGUGGAGAUGUUUGUUUUUUGUUGUUUUUGUUUGUUUUGUCAAGCUGUGUGCUGUAAACAUGUCACCCCCUCCCCCCACACACACACACACACGCACACACACACACACACGCUGCCUGCGCCCGUGAUCAGGAUGUCUGCCAGUCUAAGUGUGAGCUGCAGGCGAGGCUCCUAUUGGCCGUGGUGUCUGAGAGGAACACCGAGAGCUGCUCUUCUUCUCUUUUGUUUUCUUUGUGCUGUUUUUGUUUUUGGUUUGUUUUUGUUUUUGUUUAUUUCGUAUUUCUGUGAUGUGCCUAAAGCCUUUGUUUGCCCUCCAUUGCCUGUGUUGCAUGUCCGUGUAUUGCAUCUUGUGAAGUGUCCAGGGGGAGUUAUCAACGUGGGGGACGAACUGUGAAUGACGUGCAGCCAGCGUGUAGCUCCAAUCAGCAAGAUAAACUAGCCGGCCCCAGCCCUGGGAGCUGCCCGGCCUGGCCCCGCCGUGGGCCAGAUGUGGCCCUGAUGCGGCCCUGAUGUGGCCCUGAUGCGGCCCCGGCCUGGCAGCUGUCCAGGUGGCCUGUGGGGUAGGAACCCGAUAUGAAUCUCCAUUACGCACACCAUCGUACGUGUUUUAAUUUUAUCUCUAGAAGAUGAUUAGAAAAGAAGACGCACACCAUCGUACGUGUUUUUAUUUUAUCUCUAGAAGAUGAUUAGAAAAGACGACGCACAACAUCGUGUUUGUGUUUUUAUUUUCCUUUUGAAGGCGAUUUAGAAAAGGAGGACCGACGGAUUCGCUUGGAGGGCAGGGCCCUCGUGAGUUACCCAGAAUGCUUUUUUUUGUGUUUCCUUUAUCCAGCAAUGCGGAUGGAUGGUGGCUGUUAUGAAUGGAGCUUUUGUAGUUUCUUUUGUUUUUCACAUAUUGGGAAGGUAAACUGACAUUAAAGAUCCAAAUGCAA